AUGAGUGUCGUUGGUGUCGAUUUCGGAACCCUCAAGACGGUCAUUGCCGUCGCCAGGAAUCGUGGUGUCGAUGUGAUCACCAACGAGGUUUCUAACCGUGCGACGCCGUCUUUGGUUGGCUUUGGUCCCAAGUCGCGAUACCUCGGCGAGUCUGCCAAGACGCAAGAAAUUUCCAACCUCAAGAACACUGUCGGCUGCCUUAAGCGUCUUGCCGGACGCACCUUCUCCGACCCCGAUGUUCAGAUCGAGCAGCAAUAUGUUACAGCUCCCCUUGUUGACGUGAACGGCCAGGUUGGCGCUGAAGUCUCGUACUUGGGCAAGAAGGAGAAGUUCACCAAUACCCAAUUGAUUGCCAUGUACUUGAGCAAGAUCAAGCAGACGACGGCCAACGAGCUGAAGCUCCCCGUCUCUGACUUGGUUAUGAGUGUUCCUGCCUGGUUCACUGAUAUCCAGCGCCGCGCUCUCAUCGACGCCGCCGAGAUCGCCGGCUUGAAGCUUCUGCGCCUCAUGAACGACACCACUGCUGCCGCUCUGGGCUGGGGUAUCACCAAGCUUGAUCUCCCCGCUCCCGAGGAGAAGCCUCGCCGCGUCGCUUUCGUUGAUAUCGGCCACAGCAACUACACUUGCUCUGUCGUUGAGUUCAAGAAGGGUGAGCUGGCUGUCAAGGGCACAGCUUUCGACCGUCACUUCGGUGGUCGUGAUUUCGAUAAGGCUCUUGUUGACCACUUGGGCAAGGAGUUCAAGGGCAAGUACAAGAUCGACAUCCACUCCAACGGCCGUGCCAUGGCCCGCACCAUCGCCGCCGCUGAGAAGUGCAAGAAGAUCCUGUCUGCCAACCAGCAGGCCCCUGUCAACAUCGAGUCCAUCAUGAACGACAUCGACGUUUCCGCCAUGAUUACACGCCAAGAGUUCGAGGCUAUGGUCGAACCCAUUCUGAGCCGCGCCCACGUUCCUCUCGAGCAGGCUCUUGCCGAUGCCAAACUGACCAAGGAUGACAUUGAUGUCAUUGAGAUCAUUGGUGGUGGCAGCCGUAUCCCCGCCCUGAAGGAAAGAAUUCAGGACUUCUUCGGCAAGCCUCUGUCCUACACCCUGAAUCAGGAUGAGGCCGUCGCUCGUGGCGCUGCUUUCAGCUGCGCUAUUCUUUCCCCUGUCUUCAGAGUCCGUGACUUCACUGUCCAGGACAUCAUGAGUUACCCUAUCGAGUUCGCUUGGGAGAAGGCCCCAGACAUUCCCGAUGAGGACACCAGUCUGACUGUCUUCAACCGUGGCAAUGUCUUGCCUUCCACCAAGAUUCUUACCUUCUAUCGUAAGCAGCCGUUUGACCUUGAGGCUCGGUACGCCAACCCUCAAGAUCUCCCUGGCAAGAUUAACCCCUGGAUCGGCCGCUUCUCUGUCAAGGGUGUCAAGGCCGACGGCAAGGAUGACUUUAUGAUCUGCAAGCUGAAGGCCCGUGUUAACAUCCACGGUGUUCUCAACGUUGAGAGCGGUUACUACGUCGAGGACCAGGAGGUCGAAGAGGAGAUUAAAGAAGAGGAUGGCGAGAAGAAGGACCCUGAUGUGAGUGUUGCGAUAUCUUGUUCAGAUGUUUUGUCUAGCGAAGCGGGGGGCUAUGAGGUGUCGCCGCUGAAGCGCCAACGCCAUAAUAUCUAUCCCCCAUCUCGUUUCUUUCCUGCUAGUGUUUCCGACGAAGGCGUUGAAGAGUCCUCCAAGCUAACGUAUUCCCUCCCAAAGGCCAUGGACACUGACAACAAGGAUGAUGCUCCCAAGAAGACCCGCAAGGUCAAGAAGCAGGUUCGCAAGGGCGACCUCCCUAUUGUCAGCGGUACAGCUUCGCUUUCCGAGUCCGCGAGGACUGCGCUCCUCGAAAAGGAGUCAGCCAUGGUUAUGGAGGACAAGCUCGUCGCCGACACCGAGGAGAAGAAGAACGAGCUGGAGGCUUACAUUUACGAUCUCCGCAACAAGCUUGACGAUCAGUAUGCCGAGUUUGCUAGUGACGAGGAAAAGGCCAAGAUUCGCGAGAAGCUUGAACAGUCCGAGGACUGGCUCUACGAUGAGGGUGACGACACCACCAAGGCUGUGUAUGUUGCCAAGAUCGAUGAGAUCCGCGCUAUGGCCGGACCCAUUGUUCAGCGCCACUUUGAGAAGGUCGAAGAAGAGCGUCGGAUCGUCCAGGAGAGAGUUGAGGCCGAGAAGGCUGCUAAGCGCGCCGCUGAGGAAGAGGCUCGCAAGGCCGCUGAGGCCGAGAAGGCUUCGAAGGACGAGGAGAUGGCCGACGCCGAUGCGAAGACCGAGGAGGCCGGCGAGGGCACGAAAUAA